UCGAGAGCCGGAGCUCGCCAUAGUGACUGUAGCCGUGGAGACAGUUACUUACCAACGGGAGCAGCACGCGACAGCAGCAGCAGCAGCAGCAGCAGCAGCAGCAGCAGCAGAAGAAGCAGAAGCAGAAGCGCAGCGACGACCGGGAGGGACAGGGUGAGAGAGAAAGAGAGGCAACAACAGCAUGCAGACCUCGGAGGCAGGGAGCGACGCGGCGUCCGGCGUGCCGCUGCGCACGUCCACCUCGGUCCAGGCGCCCGUGGUGCAGCCGGUUCCCGCCUCCCAGCAGAGGGUGCUGGUUCAGGCCACAGGCGUCGCCCCCAAGGCAGCCCAGGUGCAGCAGCUCUCGGUGCCAAGGGUGCAGCAGGUGCAGCAGCAGGUUCAGCAGGUCCAACACGUGUACCCGGCCCAGGUCCAGUAUGUGGAAGCGGGAGAAGCGGUCUAUACCAACGGAACCAUCCGCACCGCCUACUCCUACAACCCCGAGGCUCAGCUGUAUGGGCAGGGCGACGGGGGGUCCUACUUUGAAACGCAGGCCGGCGGGGGCCAGGUGACGACGGUGGUGUCUUCGGCCGGCGGCGCGGCCCCCCACGGCAUGGUGGGCAUCGCCAUGGAUGGCGGGGGCAACCAGGUGCUCUCCGGGGGCGGCGCCUACCUGAUCCACGGCGGCGGCGUGGACGGCGGCCGGCACCACUCCUCGCGUUCCUCUUCUGCUAUGCUUGAAAUGGCGAUUGAGAACCUCCAAAAGUCUGAAGGGAUCGCGACUCACAAAAGCAGCCUGCUCAACAGCCAUCUGCAGUGGCUGCUGGACAACUACGAGACGGCCGAGGGGGUGAGCUUGCCCCGCAGCUCCCUCUACAAUCACUACCUGCGCCACUGCCAGGAUCAGAAGCUGGACCCCGUGAACGCCGCCUCCUUCGGCAAGCUCAUCCGCUCCGUCUUCAUGGGCCUGCGCACGCGUCGCCUGGGCACCAGGGGCAACUCGAAGUACCACUACUACGGCAUUCGCCUGAAACCGGACUCGCCGCUCAACCGGCUGCAGGACGACUCGCAGUACAUGGCCAUGAGGCAGCAGCCCGUGCACCAGAAGCAGAGGUUCAAACCGCUGCAGAAGGUGGACGGCAUGGGCGACGGCCUGUCCGGGGGGGUUCAGCACUCGGCCGGAGCGGCGGAGCAGUCUGCGGUCGCCCAGAGCCAGCACCACCAGCAGUACAUCGACAUCUCCCACGCCCUGCCGCCGUUCCCCUCCCUGGAGCUGGGUGCCCAGUCGCUGCCUGCCAGCAUCUCCAUGAAUGACGUGAAGAAGCUUCAGGGACUGUACAGGGACCACUGCGAGGCCACCUUGGAUGUAGUGAUGAACCUCCAGUUCCACUACAUUGAGAAGCUGUGGCAGAGCUUUUGGCUGUCAGCAGCGCCAUCUAGUGACAGCUCCACCCCUGUGGGUAGCAGCGAGGAAGAGCCAGAGGGCAGCAUUUCCCGGAGGAAGCUGGUGGCGCUGUGCCGUUUCGAACCCGUGGCGCAAUGGAUGCGCGGCUGCGACCACGUGCUGUACCAGGCCCUGGUGGAAAUCCUCAUCCCGGAUGUGCUGAGGCCCGUCCCCAGCACCCUCACGCAGGCCAUCCGAAACUUCGCCAAGAGCCUGGAGGGCUGGUUGACCACAGCAAUGAGCGGCUUUCCUCUGGAGAUCGUCCGCACCAAGGUGGCAGUAGUGAGCGCGUUUGCGCAGACUCUGCGUAGGUACACCUCCUUAAACCACCUGGCACAGGCAGCGCGGGCGGUGCUGCAGAACACCUCCCAGAUCAACCAGAUGCUCAGCGAUCUGAACCGCGUGGACUUCGCCAACGUGCAGGAGCAGGCCUCGUGGGUGUGCCAGUGCGACGAGGCGACGGUGCAGCGCCUGGAGCAGGACUUCAAGCUGACGCUGCAGCAGCAGAGCUCCCUGGACCAGUGGGCGCUGUGGCUGGACAACGUGGUGAACCAGGUGCUCAAGCCUCACGAGGGCAGUCCCAGCUUCCCCAGGGCGGCGCGCCAGUUCCUGCUCAAGUGGUCCUUCUACAGCUCCAUGGUGAUCCGGGACCUGACCCUGCGCAGCGCCGCCAGCUUCGGCUCCUUCCACCUGAUCCGGCUGCUCUACGACGAGUACAUGUUCUACCUGGUGGAGCACCGCGUCGCCCAGGCAACUGGCGAGACGCCCAUCGCUGUCAUGGGAGAGUUCAGUGACCUCAGCUCCAUGAUGCCGGCAUUUAUGGAUAAAGACGCGUCCCACUUCUCGGACGAGAUGAGCGACGGCGACGUGUCUAAGGGGGCCGGCGAGCCGCCCGUCAAGCGAGAGCGCGUCGAGAUCAACCACGCGCUGCAGGAGAUCUGAGGCGCCGCCGGGAGGCUCCUCGAACCCGCCGCUGCCAUUUUCGCCGGCGUCGUACGUACGUGCGUGUGGGGUGCGAGACCGGCCCUUGGGACCUUGACCCUUUUACCGCUCUUCAGGUUCCUUGCGCUCAGAGAUCUGGUUUCUCAUAUGGUUUGUAACCAGAAAACACUUACGUGUGUUAUUUAUUAUUUUAUUUUCUUUUUUUUAGUACUGUGCGCGGAAGGGUAAAUUUCCCCCACCCCGUUUGCCAUGUAGAACAGUGGACUUGGAUGAAGGUGUCCUUGUGCCGAGUGUCGUCGCUCUAGCUGUGCCAGUGUUACUCCAGUGCCUUAGACAUCCUCUUACCUCCCAGCACUGUGUGCCACACCCCCGUGUCUGUGCCUCCUGGAAACUCCCAGUUUGAAUGUCCUCUCAGCACCACUGUGCCCAGGCCCACGUGGGUUCGCUCCUCGGACCCCUUUCUCCACGGCGACGUAGAACACCGGGGUCGUAUAGUCACCUAGUUACAACUCCUUAUCCUUUUACACAGCUGAGUGAUU